GUUGACUUCUAUUGAUGGAACAAACCAAAAACAGCAAAAUAAUUGUUGUUCACCUUGCCAAAGAACAUAAACUUUAAAUUGUUUGGUCGAUACGUCACGAGAUAUCGAUCACUACAGCCAUCUUCUACCGAGAAAAUAAUGGAUUUCUUUUUCCCCAAACUACAUAUAUGUACUUGUAUAAGGCAGCCCUGAUCGAUCUUAAAAUAUAAAAAGCACCCCUAAUAUUGACUCAAAAGUAAAAUGGAAAAUUUGCCACACGUUAAACGGCAAACUUAAUAAGCAGUAAUUGCCAAACCACUGCUUACUACCUAAUUGUAAGCCAGUGCAUAUUCCAAACACUGAGCUGUUAUAAAAAAAUAGAAUAAUAAUAAUUGUGCAAAAAAUAGUAAAAAAAAAACGCUAACGAAUAUAUCUCAAUUUAUUUGGCGUCGAGAACAAAACAAUACCAUUAAUACAACAUUUUUUGAACAGACAAGUGAAAUAAACACACAAAAAAAAACAGAACUGAAUGAGUUCCCGAGAAACAGAAACGAAACAGGGCAAAAAGCGUAAAGAAGAUUUACAAAAAUAACAGCUUUUCGUGAAUUAUUAAACAACAAAUAGCCAUUGAAAAAAGCAAAAAGCAAAAACAAAACAAAGAUGGAGAAUCUCGGUUACAAGGAAGGCACUGCAAAGCCGCGACGUAUGGCACGCUCCAUCAGCGUGGUGACAAAGAGUGAGCUGGAACAACCAUUGACGGGUAACAAUGCGAGAUUCAAAUCGAUACCACCAAAUUUAAUGGUACGAUGGCGCAACAAUAAUGCGGACGCCAUGAUUGAGGCACAAUAUCCGACACCCGGUGAAUUCGAGUACAUGGAAUGUGGACCCUCGCCGCCCGCUGAAAGUGCACCCAGCAUGUAUGAUAGCUUCGAGGAGCCCACAAGCGAGCUGAGUGUACAAAUAUGUAACGACACUUUACGCAUCAGUCUGAUCGAUCAAAUGAAGAGCGCCGCCGGACGUGUGCGUUUUCUAGAGGAUAUCGAACAAGGCAAUGUGAUUGCGGAUAAUAUGAAAACACAUUUCGAAUCAGCAUCGAAAAUCGAAAAGAAUCUCAGUUACUUGUGGGCGGCAUUCUUAAAACGUUGGGACUUAUUACAAAGUUUUCUAGAUAUUGGCGCCGAAUUGAAUUUCUGUGAUCAGAAUGGCAUUUCAGCGUUGCAUUUGGGCGCCUUUAGCGGUUGCCUAUCGACGUUGAGCUUUCUAGUCGGUAAGUGUAUGAAUGUGAACUUGCAACCGAAAUGCUAUACGCCAUUGCACUGUGCGGCAUUUGGCAAUUCGGCCGAAGCGGCCAAAUUUCUAAUCAACAAUAACGCACUCAUCACAAUCGACACCACCAAACCCAACUGCGAGGAGAGUCUACUGCACUGUGCAGUGCGUGCAAAUGCGCUCGAGUGCGUGCAGCUGUUCAUAGUUGAAGGUGCAGAUGUGAAUUCGCUAAAACCAAAUGGCACCAAUGCGAUACACCUUGCCGCAGAUCUGGGUAAUGCGCAGUGCUUGGAAGCACUGCUGAACGCGCCUGGCGCCGAUCCGAAUGUGCGCAUUUGCAUACGGGAGAAGGAAUCGACAGCGUUGCAUUUGGCCGCGGAUGAAGGCAAUGUGGAGUGCGUCGAUUUGCUGCUGGCAAAGGGUGCCGACGCAAAACUGAAGAAUCAUCGUGGCUUUACAGCUUUGCAUUUGGCGGCGCGCACCUCCAGUUUAGAAUGUGUGGAGUCGCUGCUGCGCAACGGCAAUGCUGAUCCGAAUGCCGAAGACUUUGAUCAUCGCACGCCAUUGCAUGCGGCGAUCGGCAAGUCAGAAAAUGCUUUUGACAUACUCGAGACGCUCAUACAGUGGGGCGCCAAUGUCAAUCAUAAGGACAUUUACGGCUUCACAGCACUGCAUUUGGCCGCGCUUGACGGUUUGGCGCAAUGCGUUGAAAUGCUGAUCUUUCACGGCGCAGAUGUGACUACGAAAUCGAAAAAGGGCACUUCAGCAUUGAAUGUGAUCACGCGUAAGACACCCGCUUCAGUAGCGAUGAUUAGGCAAAAACUGGAUGCCGCCAUCACAUUACAUCACUCACAGGACCCGGUCAAUCGUGAGGUGGAAUUGGAAUUGGACUUUCGUCAACUGCUGCAACACUGUCAUCCACGUGAGAUUAGCUAUCUGAAUACAUUCGUGGACGAAGGACAAAAAGAAAUACUCGAGCAUCCAUUGUGCUCUUCCUUUCUCUACAUCAAGUGGGGCAAGAUACGCAAAUACUAUAUAGGACGCCUUAUUUUCUGUUUCACCUUCGUGCUCUUUCUCACACUCUACGUACUGACGGCACUCGCGCACAACUGCUACAACGGCAGCAAGGACGACAAUACGACCAUACAGGCGCAGGAGCUGUGCCAAAAGCAAUCCAUACUCGGCGACAUGCUACGCAAUAAUCCAUUCGUAAUGGAGAUGCAGUGGUGGGUGUUGGUCGCCAUUACAAUCGUCGAGAUAUUUCGCAAGCUCUAUGGCAUUACCGGCUAUUCAACAUUCAAGCAUUAUGUGACGCAGGUGGAAAACAUUAUGGAGUGGUUCGUGAUCACGAGUGUCUUUAUAAUCUCCUACAUAUACACAAAACAGACAUACACUUUUCAAAAUCAUAUAGGCGCAUUUGCGGUGCUGCUGGGUUGGACAAAUUUAAUGUUGAUGAUCGGUCAGUUGCCAGUCUUCGAUGUCUAUGUGGCAAUGUAUACACGUGUGCAAGGUGAAUUCGCGAAACUUUUCAUGGCCUACUCGUGCAUGUUAAUUGGUUUCACCAUCAGCUUUUGUGUGAUCUUUCCAUCAUCUUCGUCUUUCGCAAAUCCCUUCAUGGGUUUCAUCACUGUGCUGGUAAUGAUGAUCGGCGAGCAAGAUCUUUCGCUACUAAUCAACGACCCAGACGGCAAAGAUCCACCCUUCUUGUUGGAGGUGAGCGCGCAAAUCACUUUUGUGCUUUUUCUGCUCUUCGUCACCAUCAUACUGAUGAACCUGCUAGUCGGUAUUGCCGUACACGACAUACAGGGCUUGAAGAAGACUGCAGGUCUAUCGAAAUUGGUGCGUCAAACCAAACUCAUAUCUUAUAUAGAGUCGGCACUCUUUAACGGUUAUCUACCACCUUGGCUACGUAAUCUCUUACACUACACGGCACUAGUCUCGCCACAAGCCUAUCGAGUUGUAUUGUGUGUAAAACCACUAAAUCCCAGCGAAAAACGUUUACCACGCGAGAUACUCAUGAAGGCCUACGAAGUUGGAAAAAUGCGUAAACAUUUUGGUCAUACCAUAUCGGCAAAGGGCACUGCAGCUACCUAUUUGCAAUACAAAAACAAAUACAAUGACAAUCAGACGCAAAGCUAUGCGACAGAUGAUUUGGAAACAGCACAUUUUAAUACGCUAACGUCAAAGAUCGACGACAAUGCGGAGCGCAUUGAGUUCCUCACGCAGGAAAUUCAAGAGCUAAAGCAGGUGUUGAUUACACAACAGCAACAGGCGAGCAAAGUGAUCGAUAAGCUAUUGAUAGUGAUUUCAAAUCAACAAAAGAAUAAUUUAAGAAAAUGAGUAACGAUGGAAAAACUUUCAUAACACAAACAAAAAAAAAAAAAAAUAUGAAGUAUUAUUUAGAUGAAUAUUGUAUAUGUAUGUAAAAGUAUGCUAGUGUUAGGUGAGAUGUUGUGGGCUUUAAAAAAGGAUCAGUAUACUAUAAAUAGCAAAUAAUCGCCUUAUUUUAAGCAAAAAAUCGAAAAUUUAUAAAGGAAAGUUUGGGGAGAAACUCGUAUUGAAUUUAUUUCGCUUUUAAAGUUAAGUUAGUUCGCUGUUGCAUACAAAGUGAGCCGCAUAUUUGGUAGUAUAGUAAAUAUUAUUUAUAUAUAAAAUUUAUGAGACAAAUAUAUUUUAUUUUGAUUUAUUUAUUUUCUUACAAAAUUUGUGUAAAGCUUCAAUACAAUAAUGCCUCUUAAGAAAUUUAACUUCUAUUACUGAUAAAAUUGUAUUCUCACUAAAAACAUAUACCAAUUCAGUAUUUAAUGAAAAGUGGUAAAACAAAAAAUCUAAACGAUCUAAACGGCAAAGUUCUCUAGUGGAUUCAAAGCUUGCAUUAUUUGAUGUCAAGUGAAAAUUGUCUUUAGGUUAACUAUUUUCCUCAUACAUAUGUACAUUUACAAAUAAAUUAAAAUCUUAUUAAAAAUAAAUUAAAAGCUGAUUAUCCCUUUUAUAAGCUCGCCAUUUUCUUUUUCAAGUCCAUUUUUAAUAUUAAAUAUGUGAUGGCGACAUGAAGUCUAUGACAAAGUUUAAAAUUCGAAAUAAACUAAGAGUUAGAGGUCAUUUUUGUAUUAUAAUUUGGUAAUUUAAAUAAUUUUUUAUUGAAAAAAAUAUUCUAAAAUUGCCAAACUGAAAAAUCUCGAAAAACUAAUAAAUAAAAAUCAUGUUUUGUUUUUUAGCGUGUUUUACUAAACUUCAUAAAAUUCACUGUUGCAGGAUUUCUGUUGUACAAUUUUUUCAAUUUCCUUUCAUUUUUUUUUUUUUAAUUUCGAUUUUAAUUUUUUAGCUUUGAUUUAAAUUUAAUUUAAUUUUUAUUUAAUAGUUUUUAUUAUUAAAAUUAGUCGCUGGUAUGGGCCCAAAAGACAAAUAUGAGUUAAAAAAAAUUAGCAAAAGAAAUUGUAUGUCAAAUUACAAUUAUUUUCUGACAAGCUUAAAAACAAAAAGUUAACCAAAAAAUUUUUUUAACCGAAAUAUUCUGGAUUUGUAUUUGAAUAAAAGGCUGAUACAUCAAACGGGGUUCCCAAAAGUUUUUAGGGAGUAUUUUAAGCUAAAACAGCAACAACAGUUGAAAUUCAGAAUUUUAAGGAGGCAGAUUUCACAUUCUCAUUUCACAUUACAUUAAUAUACAUAAUUCUAAUACCUUGAAACAAAUGUAGUUUAAUUUCAGUUUAAGUGUAAUUUGAAAUCACCUGGCUAUAUGAAAUACUGUUGAAAAUAUGCAAACUUUAAUGUUAGUAGUUUUUAGUUAAACAAAAAUACGUAUUAAAAUUAGUUAAAAAUUUUAUUGUGAUUUUAAAAUAAUAUUGAAAAACUAUAUUUAUGCCAAAAACCUACGAAACUAUUAUUAAAAAAACUCGUUUCUAAAAGUCUUUUCUACUUUGCAAAUUACAACACCUUGUUUUUUUGUUUUGUUAGGAAAUGAAAUUAACUAAACACUAUUGGGAAGGAGCGCAACAAAGUUCACUGUAUGAAACUUACACAAGGAAUCUUCUUUACAUAGCAAUACAGCCAACAGCUCUGGUAGUCAUGACAAAAAUCAGUUGCCUAUGUUAACUCUUUUGCAAUAGAAGUGCUCUCCUUCCAUCUAUGUUAUAUACCUCUGCAACUCAACAGAGCUCACAACUUUAGUUAAGCUCUCGGUGGAAGUAGUAGCAGUUAAGUUUUUGCCAAAUUUUAUUUUGAAGCUGAUUUUAAGAGAGAACUUUACCUAACUAUUUUUUUAUAACAUUAAAAUUUUAGAUGCAUUUAGCUAACAAAAAACACUCAACCAUUUCAGUUUCAAAUAAUGAGUAAGACCCGAAUUUUAAACGGCAUAAUAUGUAUUAAAACCAGACAGUAGGUAUGAAUAAUUCGGUUUAAAAGCAUACGACUAUUAAUAAAAUAUAUAAUAAUUUAAUAAAAAAGUAUAUAUGUACAUUUAAACAUAUAGAAUAUUUUAUACAAAAGUGAAAUCAAGACAAAUAAGACAAAGUAGUACGAAGACCCAACAAAACUAUUGAAACCAAUUAAGUGAUGAUAUCUCAUAUAUGUAUUAAACAUUUUGUCUUAAGCAUUUUUUCUAUAUUUUAAUUCUUAAUUUCAAUAUUUAAAUUUAGUAGAAUACCUAAACGUAUUAUGGGUCCAGUAGUAUUUAGAUUACUUUAACGAACCGCAACUCCCAUCACAUCAAAGAAAAUGGAAUUAUAUGCAAAUCUGUUUACCCGAACAACCAACACCACGAAGCGGAAUGCGAAAAACAACAAAGCUGAGCGCAGAUGCUGCUGAUAUGGUGAAUGAACGAGACGAGUAUAUUUUUAUUUAUCCAAAUUAGAUUGAGUAAACUCGCAAAAUCACUUAUAUUUAGUUUGUAAUGACUGCAGCGAUUUUGGUUACGCAUUUCCGCAAAAUAAUUAACGUGCGCAAAAAUUUUGCUUUAUUCAUAUCUAAGUGAUUUGAUCUAAUAAAAUUGUAUCAACUCGCAGAUAAUUAUAUGUUAAUUAGUUGUUUAAAAAAUUAAACAAAAAGCUGACAGCGACCCAUAAAUAGUAAUUAGUUUAAAUAUUUGAAUUGCUAGCUCGGAAAAACAAUAAAUAUUAUUAUUUUUUCAUUAGUUUCUCUCUUUAACCAAAUAUUGAAUUACUAUGGCGGUCGGCAAGGAAGGAUAGGCAACAGAAGAAGAAUAAAACGUGUAUUAGCCAAAAUCGAACAUAUCAGAACUGUGUACGUGCAUAUUUUCACAAAAUGUGUUUGCAAUAUGGAUUGCUAUAUUAUUCGUAUAAGUAUAUUUGUCAAUAAAAAUGAAAUAGUUAACUAGUAGAAUUGCAAUUGCCAAUAACAAACUGAAAAUUUUAAUAUAGACGCAUGCAUACAUAAUUAUUUGUAUAUUUAGGUAUUCUUAAUAAAGUUU